GCAACCACCAGCAGCAUCUGCAGGUAGGCAAGCAAGGCUCGAUGCCAGUGUCGCACUCCAGUGCGCCCCACGCCGGCGGCUCCAGCCACGACGGCGCGGGGCCUGCCGCUGCGGCAACGCACCACCCGCACCACCUCAAGUACGGCGCCAUCACAACGUCGGGAUUCGCACCCGGCGAGCUGCAGGCGCACGAGCACGAACACCUCGACGAGCCGGCGCGGCGCCGCCUGCUGCGCGACCGCACCAGCGAGCUCAUCGACGCCGAGGCGCGCCGCAUCCACUCGCAGCGCCGCUACCUCUUCCGCAAGCCGCGCCCGCUGCAGUACUUCCGCGGCACCACGCUCGUGCGCGACGAUUCGGAGCGGGCAAGCGGACGCCUGGAGCUAUUCUUCGACCUCACCUUCGUCGGCAUCAUCGCAGUCCUGGCAGAGGAGGUCAUUGCAGAGCCUACAGGCAGCAGUCUCGUCCGCUAUCUGAUCACCUACACGACCGCCUUCUACGUCUGGACUUUCAUGCGCGAGAUCUUCAACGCCUUCUACAAGGACGAUCUGUCGCAGCGGAUGCUGGUGCUCACCGUCAUGGCAGCCUUGGUUGUCUUCGGCAACAAUGCAACGCUCGUGAACCUGCCAUACACCGAGAGUCCCGCGCGUGCCGCCGCGGUCGGCGCCUAUCUCAUUGCCGAGGGCGCCAUCUUCUUCACCUGCUUCAUGUACAGCUUCCACGUCAAGGCCUAUCGUCUGCAGCUGCGGGCCUCGUGCUUAGGCUGGGUCAUCACUGCUGCCCUGUACAUCGGUGCCAUCUUCGUGAGCACCCGCGCAGCCAUCGCGAUGUCGGUCGUCGCCAUCUUCAUCGAAUGGGCGGUCUGGUGCACGGUGUACUCGCCUUGGUUCAAGCGCAAGAUGAAGCUGGCGUACAGCUCGGGCCUCAACAUCGAGCACGAGGUAGAGCGCUUCAAUGACUUCAUCACUCUAGUCAUGGGCGAAUUCCUCUACUCCGUCUUCAAAGGCAGCCCGGCAGGCCUGGGCAUGCAUCUCUCGACGCUGCGCGCCGUGCUGGCCGUCGCCGUGGCCUUCUGCUUCCAGCUCUUCUACAUGCAGGGCGCGAGCAGCAAGGCGUUCGUACAUCCCAUCCGCCAUAGCGUCCGAACGGUCAUCCCAUGGUUCACGCUGCAUCUGCCGAUUGUCAGCGCCCUCACGCUGUGCGGCGACUCGAUGGCGGAUCUGACCAAGGAGCAAUUUGUGCCGCAGGCCAUCCGCUGGAUCACCUGCGGCACCUACGCGAUCGGCAUGCUCGGCAUGUGGGCGCUGGCGAUGCUCGAGCAAGAGACAGACAUGCCAGGCGAGCUCUGGGUCCGCAAGAAUCUCCGCUUGCUGCCCCGUCUUGCGGCUGGCUUUGUCGCCAUCUUCCUGCCCCUGACGCCUCAGGGUGGCGAGCCGGAGCACGGCGAGGAGGGGCCGGUGCAUCUGGUCCGACUGCUGCGGCGUGCCGUCGAAGAGGGCGCUGGCAGCGCGGGCGAGGCGAGCCCAGAGGGCGCCGCCUCGGGCUUCACUGCGGCCUCGCUAGACUCGACGCGCCUGCUCGCCGUGCUGGCGGGAAUGUCUCUUCUCGUGCUGCUUUGGGAGAUGAUCAGCAGCCUCGACGGCCCCAAUGCACCACACGAGAGCGCACACGAGGGCCUUCUUGCUGCCAUUGACACUGGUCACACCUCGACACAUGUGCUACAGACGCCGGCAUGGCGCGGCUUCCCGACCAUCGCCGAGCCAGGCUGCGCCACGGUUGACCGCAGCCAUCAGCGCUCGCACGGCGACGACGAGGUGGUGUGCGAGUGGCACCGCACGGUGUCGGGACCUGCCGAAGGACAAGACACGCCGCGCAAGCCGACCCCUGGGCACGCUGUGUAAGCAGGACGUGUGGCAGCCGGCAGGUGUGCGGUGCUGGCCGGCGGAGCAAUGACGAGCGAGUUACCAU